AUGGCCUCCCGUCUCGCGCUGGCCGUUCUACUCGUGGUGGUGGCCGCCAUGGCUGCGGCGGCGUACGCCGGCGACCUUUCCCUUGCCGAGGCUUUCGUGGCGGAGCCCGACGGCCACGGCCUUGUGGCCGAUGCCCUCAACUUCGAUGAGGAGAUGAUGAUGGAGUCGGAGACCGCGCGCCGGCAGCUCCGACGCGGCGGGUACAUCAGUUACGGCGCCAUGGGGCGGAACAACGUGCCCUGCAACCGGCGCGGCCGGUCGUACUACAACUGCAACGGCCACCAGAGGGCUAACCCCUACCGGCGCGGCUGCACCAGGGCCACCAGGUGCGCCAGGAACAACCACUAA